AUGAAAGAAACAGACAGUUCUCCUCAGUCGGCAGUCAGUCUUAGGAUCAGAAUCAUGAAGACCAUCGCCGUUCUUAUUAUGACUUGUGUGUUUGUCGUGAGGGUGUCGGGGCACUCUUGGGUCUCCUGUACGGACUACACAGAGAAGAACGGCGCCACGUGGGACCAGGCCAAGUGCCGAGGCUUCCCGAGAUCAGCCGAGCGGUUUGCGAAUCGGCAGGGUGUGUUUGGAGUAGACACCGGGUACGACUUCACUCCUUCUGAGAACCAGGCCUGCAAAACCGCCAGGAAUGACGUCACACAGUACAGCGCCUCUCAUCCAAUGGCAGUGUACUAUCCUGGACAGGAGGUGGUCUUCGUCCAUCCAACUAAGAACCAUGUAGCAGAUAUCCGGUGUACGAACAAGUUUAUCCCAGACCGGGCGAACAAGAUCCUGAUGGGCGCCCGGAACGCUCCCCGUGACGUCAGACUGUCCCAGUUCCGGGAGGUCGCUGACCUGGGCGUGUCUCCCGCGCCAAUAUUUAAAGGCUGUUAUAUCCAACUGCUGACAAAUGACGAUCUUGCGCUGGCAGGCCGUUAUACCUUUGUCUGGCUGUGGGAGUUCAAUGGAGGGCAGUUCUACAGCAGCUGCUGGGAGGCCGACGUGGUGGCGACACGUGCCGAGAGGGAUAACAGACUCACACAGCAGGGAUCGAGUGGUGGAGACGCUUCCAGCAGACCAGGCAGCGCCUCUAGCGGUUCUUCCAGUCCUAGCACCUCCGACGGUUCAAGUGAGACGACCGGUAUGAACAUGGGGGAGGAACGACGCAGUCUGACGGUGCAAUACACCCAAGAAUGGCCAGGAGGCGCUCAAGGACGUAUCCGUCUACCCAACAGUCGCAGGACCCUUUCCAACUGGCGUGUGGAAGUGCAGUUUCCCUGUCCAGAUAUCACCUUCAACGUGUGGAACGCAGAGAGUGACAGUUCCGGCGGGAUGAUGUCGCACGGUCUGUACGUGCUGCGGCAGACUGAGGGCUGGAUGCUGAACAAGAACCACGUCGGCUUCACCGUGCAGCGAGCGCCAUCUUGCGACUUUGCAGCAAACGACAUCGACGCUACCCUCGUGUCAAUGUAGAAUAGCGGUCACGGAAGUAAUAGACGAGUGUUGAAUGUGGACAAAAUGGAGACUAGUGUUAUAGGUAGCCGUAACGUAACUGAGAAAGUAAACAGAAUUACAUCUAGCUCUUUUAAACUAUAAAAUAACUAGAAAAGGUCUUGGCAUGUUGAACCACCAACAGUUGACCUGGGCUCUUGGCUCAACACCAAGACAAAGUUGAAUCGAAAAUGGCAAGUGGGCUGACAUCUCAAGAUAUCUCCUCACAAUAAAGACUGUGGCAUGGUUCUGUGUCA